AUGGCCUCGGUCUCCGGCGAUGGUGCCAUGGACAUCACCAAGGACCCGUGCCAGAACGUGAAGUGCAGCCGCCACAAGAUGUGCGUCGCUCAGGGCUACCAGAGGGCCAUGUGUGUCAAUCGCAAGAAGCUGGAGCACAGAGUCAAACAGUCGGGGAAUGCGGAGGCCGGUGAAAGCAGCUGCAAGCCCUGUCCCGUGGCGGCCUCCUCACCUGUGUGCGGCUCUGACGGACACAACUACGCCUCCGAGUGUAAGCUGGAGCAGCAGGCCUGCCUCACAGGCAAAGAGCUGAACGUCAUGUGUGCCGGUUUCUGCCCCUGCGCCACAGCCUCUGUCACCGUCACGAACGCCGACACCAAACGUGAGAGCUGCACCGGCCAGGACCUGGCAGACCUGGGCGACCGCCUGAGAGACUGGUUCCAGCUCCUUCAUGGAAACGCCAAGCGGAAUAACUCUGGCAAGCUCGGAGCUGGCACCGCUUCAGUGCUGGACAAGAGCCUGGUGGCCAGCUGCAAGGACUCCAUCGGCUGGAUGUUCUCCCGCCUGGACACCAACAGCGACCUGUAUCUGGACCAGGCCGAGCUGGCCGCCAUCAACCUGGACAAGUACGAGGUCUGCAUCCGACCCUUCUUCAACUCCUGCGACAGCUACAAGGACGGGAAGGUCUCCACGGCGGAGUGGUGCCUCUGCUUCUGGAGAGAAAAGCCGCCAUGCCUCGCCGAGCUGGAGAGGGUCCAUGUGCAGGAGGCGGCCAAGAAGAAGCCGGGGAUGUACAUUCCCAACUGUGACGAGGACGGCUACUACAAGAAGGUGCAGUGUGACCAGAGCCGAGGGGAGUGCUGGUGCGUGGACCAGCAUGGUGGAGAGAUGAUGGGCACCAGAAUCCAUGGCAACCCCGACUGUGAUGAGGUGGCUGGAUACUCUGGAGAUUUUGGCAGCGGGGUGGGAUGGGAGGAUGAAGAGGAGAAGGAGGCGGAGGACACCGGCGAGGAGGCGGAGGAGGAGGAAGAGGAGGAAGGCGAGGCCGACGACGGAGGAUACAUCUGGUAGGACCGUCAGCGGAGAGCAGAGUCUCGGCUGCAGGGCCUGGAGAAUCUACAGGGAUGGCUCUCUCCUUUACCGGGCAAAAGAUUUUGGGAUUGGACUGCGGAGGAGGCAUGGAGUUGUGUAUCAUCCUGCCGGGGUGUAAUGUGUUGCUGGGCAGGUCCAGUGAUGAGAUAAUGACCCGUUUUUUUUUGUCUUAGAUAAGUGUAAUUGCUUCAUUCUCUCCUCUGGUUUUUUCAGCAACAGAGCUUUUUGUUUUGCCGUCCUGAAAAGCAGGACCCACUGACUCCUGCGGCGUAGGUAGCUAAAGUCCAUCAAGAGAUCUUGUUCCGACCGCCAUCUAUGCAUAUAUAGAGAUUACCAGUAAUUUUGUAUUGUGUCAACAAUUGCUUGAGUGUUAGAGCCGUCAUCCCACUGGAAUGACAAGAGAUCGGGAUUUAAAGGAACAGUUUGACAUUUCGGGAGCUUUGUUUGCUUUCUUGCCGAGACUUAGAGGAGGAGAUCCAUACCGCACUUGUGUUGGGUAGGUUAGCCUAGCUUAGCUAAAAGUUAAAUUAAACAUCUUUUUGCUCGAGUCUGGCCAAUACACUUUCACAUCUGGACUCAUUCCAGCUGUUCCCCUCCAGGGUUGGUUGACAGCCAGGACGAUUUAUUUUGUGUGUGUUUAUCAGUCCACAAAUAUGUGUAUACUCCAAAAUAAUAAUACUCUCCGGGCUACUGACUAAAACAUCUUAUAUAUUAUUUGUUGACUAUAUGAAAACCACAGUGAAAAGUUUUUAUGAAACGUUAUGGACUGUCCAGGGGAAGAAAUACUCCAGAACAUAACCCCCUUGUAAAAGUGCUCACAGUUGUUGUUAUAUAAAGGUUUCCCCAAUGCUCCCAGUCUUAUAUCUUCAUAAUUACAGUGCAUUAAAUGGCACUAUGGGAACACUGGGACAGAACUGCUCAUCUAGACAAACCUACAGGUUCAAAUGUAAUCUUUUGAAAUCCUUUUUCAAAGUAAAUCUCCUGCUUUGAUUCACGGCUUCACGCACGCUGACGUCGCACUAGCAUCUCUUUCCUCCGCAGCGCUGGACACUACCUCCUCAGACACGAUCAGAAACAAGCAUCUACAGGUUCAUAGUCGGUAGAGACCAAAACCAGAGCUAAAAAAGUGAGUGAUUUAAAUUCAUCAGGCGAACGGAUACACGCCUUUAAAUAAGAGCUAACAUUUCUCCAUAGUUGCUCAGUGUGUAAAAUAAGUAACUGAAAUAACGUUGUUUGUGUUUUGUCUUCUAGAGUUGUUGUUCUGCAAGUUGCCAAAAUACGGUGGCCCCGAAGUGCACUUCACGAAAACACAACAACAAAUCCUAAAACACCACAAUAUUAACUUCUAAUGGAAAAGGAAGGUGAUUGCUGUCAGCGAAGCUUGUUGCUGAUUGGACAGAAGCACUGUCCAACUUUUCAAUUGGUAGGAAAUUCAGCUUUUUGUGUGAUUUGAGUUUGCGUUUUACUCAUUUGGUGUUUUAUUCCACUUUGGGGUUUCCAAAAAAAACUGCUUAUUGUAGGUUCAGGUCAGCUGAUCAUCCAGCUCCAUAUUUACUCGACCGAUCUUCUCCUCUAACUCUCAGCAAACAGGCGGAUGAGCCCCGUCUCUUCGAAUGAAACGUUCCUUUAAAUCAGCUCAGUGCGACGUGUUGUGCAUUUCUGAACGGAUUGUGUACAUAGAUCCAAUUAUCUGUGAGGUGCGCUGCGUGAGGACUUCAGGUUACCAUGGUUUCAAGCUACCUUUAUGGUAAAGGUGCACCACAGCCCAUAGCAGUUUUCAAAUCGUUGAUGCGCUCGGGCAUUUAAUUGACACACACACACACACACAACCACACACAUACACACACACACAGACACACAGGACCUAUAUUUCCAGUCGGGUUAAUUUUAUUGAAAACCACAGAUCACUGUCCUCUGCUUCCUCAUGUUAAAGAUGUGGCACAACGCAUUUCAUUUGCAGCUUGAAAAUCUGUAUUUUGUGUUUCUUAAAAAAAAAGAAGAAGAACAACGUGUGCAUUACUUGAAGUUCCGUGUGUAUACUUGAAUUCACAUUGUAAUAUUUGUUUUCUUUCCAUGAGAAUCUCGUUGCCAUGUCUUCAUUCAUGCUAUCGAUGGGCCAGACGUUUGGUUGUUUUUAGUAUUGCAUGUUAGUAACAUAAAGAAUGUACUUCUAGGCUGAGCACUUUACUAAUAAAGGCACUGGGAGCCAA